AUGGACACCAAUAUAAAUAGUAAUAGUACAGAAAUAAUUAAUAGUAGUACUACCAAUAGUGUUAAUAAUAAUGAUAUAGAUACAAGCAAUAAUAAUAUUAAUAACAGCAACAACAAUAAUAAAAACAAUAAUAAUUUAGAUCUAAAUUUUUUAGAGAGUUUAAAAUUAUCAAAUAAUAAUAACAAUAGUUACAAUAUAAAUAUUGAAAAUAUUGAAGAGCAUGAAGUUAUAUUUUGGAAGGUCUUUCAUAAUAAUUAUUUGCUUGCGAAGAUUUUAAGCCAUUUAGAUCAGAAUAUAAUAGAAUAUAAAGAUGUAAAUAAAUAUUAUUUAAAUAAUAGAAUCAAAUUUGCAGAGAUUAAAUCAUUAAAGUGGUUAGUCAAGAAUCAACAAUGGGCGUUACUAAAAGACAAGCUUUUAAGUGACCAAUAUAUUCAUGUCACUAGAAGAUCAAUGGAAAUGCUUAUAGAAAGUUGCAAAGAUAAAGAGCUAUUAAAAAUAAUGUAUGGAAAAAGAAGAUUUCAAAUGGAAAUUAUUGAUCUCGUUUAUCACUCUACCAUCUACGAAAAUGAAGCCGCUUUGGACCUUAAAUGUAACUGUGAAAUGAUUCUCUAUCUUUUGACUCAUCCAGAGCUUUAUCAAGUUUCAGAGUUUAAUAUUAUUGGUUUUUCAGAAUUUAUGCAACUCGAAAAUCGAAAAGUUCAAAGAUUAUUAAUCGAUUUGGGUUUAGUAAGACCAAUGGAUCAUCGAUCAAAUUUUUAUAUUAAAGAUAUUAAAAAUAUAACUGUAGAUGAUUUGAAAUUUUAUAUUCAAGUAUAUUUUCAACUUUUUACAUUAUUUAAUCAUCAUCAUCAACAACAUAAUAAUAAUAAUAACAACAAUAACAAUAACAAUAACAAUAACAGUAAUAACAAUAAUAAUUAUCAAUCAGUUGAUCAAACAAGAGAAAUUAUUAAAGAAUUAUUUGAAAAGUCAAAUCAAUUUAUAAAUUCAAAAGAAAUUGAACAAUUAAUAUUUAAAUUCUUUUUAAUUCAAAGUCAAUGUAUUAAUAAAUUUUUAUAUUUAGAAUAUUUAAUUCGAUACGAUGAUAUCAUACCAAACUUGGAUGAUGAAAUGGUAUUUCAUUAUACUUUUUCAGUUUUCAGUUUAAAAGGUUUACAGUAUCUUUUUAAAAGAAAUAUAUUUUCUAAUGGUUCAAACCAUCAUUUCAAUCGUUAUCAAAAUGUACAGUUAUUUAAAGGCGCUGCAAAGGAAAAAGAGAUCAUAGAGUUUUUCAAAUACUUUUAUAAUCAACAAAACGAAAUUAUCAAAUUUAAAAAAUGGAAUGAAGAGUUUACCUUUUUAAUUCAACAUUGUUCCGUAGAGCUUUUGGAUUCUAUUAAGCAAAUAGAGAAUUUCCCGGUUUCAUCAUUUUUAAUACCAGAUCUUUAUGUAAGCUCUUUUGACACCUACAGAUGGUUAAUGGAGGUUGUAAAGGCAAAUGUUCCAGCCAAUAAGUUUGAUAGAUACACUUAUAUCUUUGGUCCAAUAAAUUCAAAAGAAAUUGUCGACUUUAUUGUUGAAAAUGCUGAUCUUUUCAAGAGUCAGUUAUUAACUGAACACCUCGAAAUAGACACUCUAGAACUUGCAACCUACUAUCAAAACAAAGCGAAUACAAAACCAUCAAAGCAAAUUUAUUCUUAUAUUUUUAUCAAGUCUAUUAAUGAAUGUGAUAUCGAGUCUAUCAAGCAAAUGGAAAAACUGGGUAUCGUUUUUGGUGAUGUUUAUUUACAAAAUUCAGCAACUGUCGAUGAAAAUGGCGCAGAGCUUCAAAAAGAUCCAAGGUUCCAACUAAAGAAAUUUAAGAAACCAAUUGAACAAGUUGCCUCUAUUUUCGAGUAUUUUAGCGACGCAGAAAAAAAUUCACACAAGUAUUAUCUUAUUGAAAAUAUUUUUGAAGACUUGGUUUAUCAAGUAAUUCAAUCAUUCACCAGCGAAGAAAUACUCAAGCACAUUAAGUUUAACAUGGGUAUUUUAGAAAAAGAACCAGUCGAAUAUUUAGUUAUCUUUAUUUUGAAAUUAGAAUUACCAUUGGUCCAGUGGAUUCUCGAUAAUCAAUUCAAAGUUAACCUAAGAACCAACCUCAAAAUAUUGGCCGAUAUCUUUAGUAACAAAUAUUACGUAAACCCACAAACAUUAAGGUCCGAAUAUACAUCAUCACAAGUUAUUAAAAUGAUUGAAUACCUUAUUGGCCGUAUCCCAAAAGAAUAUAUUAGUCAUUUUAACCCAAUUUACAAUUCAUUGUACAGAAUUUUACUUCAGACCAAAGAUUUAACUAUGGAUAUCAUCCAAAGAGUCAAUGACUUAUUUGCAAGUAAUUUAAUUCUCUUAGAAGUUGGUAUUUUUCAUAUUUACUACUGGUGUCGUACAAAGUCAAAUCAAAUUGCGAAAUAUAUAUUGAUGAAACAUAGCUGUAUAGUAUCCGACAAGAUCCUUAGAAAAUAUUAUCAUGAACAGCGUUGCAACUAUAAUCACAAAAUCUAUCGUUAUUUAAAUCCGCUUAUUUUUACAUUCAACGUUAUCAGCCAAAGUAGCUACAGACAGCUAUUCUUUUUAUUAAGAUUCCAGUUAUCAAUUCAAUACUGCCAGGAUCUAAGACAUCUCUUUAGAAACGAAUUAAACACCAUAUAUAAUGAGGAUUUCCAAUAUUUAAUAUGUGUAGGCCAGUUUGAUAUUCUCUUAGAUAUUAUAAGAGAUUACCCAGAGUCAAAACCAAACUUUAAUGACUAUUAUGUAAAUUUAAUUAAAGCAAUCGAUAAGAAAUCUUUAAAAAAGUUAUUCAAUCUCUACUGUAAUGAUGUUAUUCAAAAUUUAGAUUUAAUGCUAGAGGUGGCCAUAAAGAAAUCACGUUUACCAAUCAUUGAUUUAAUUUUAAGUGAAUACUCUAAACCAAUAGAUUAUCAAGUUAUUUUUUCAACAAAUCAAUUAGAUGUGGCUGAAUAUUUAUUCAAAAAUCAUAUUCAAAUUUUUGAAAAAGGUAUACCAAUUAAUAAAAAUCAAAUGCAAAAUCAACAACAACAACAACAACAGCAAUAUAAUCAAUAUAAUCAAAAUUAUCAACAACAACAACAACAACAAUAUAAUCAACAACAAUAUAAUCAAAUGUUUUAUAGUAAUAAUAUAGAUGCACUAAACAAAUAUAUAAUAUUUGAUAAUUCUUUUAACCAAGGUUAUAUUGAAAUGUGUAACCUUAUUUUACAAUAUUUACCUCAAAUUUUCAUUUUAGAUCAAGACAAUAUUAUCAAAGCAAUCAAAAACUGCUCAAUCAAUAUAUUGCUAUAUUAUUAUAAUUACUUUAAAAAUAUUAGCGGUAUUGGUAAUAAUCCACUACUAGAUUUUGUUGUUGAUUAUAUAAGAGAACACAACGAUUAUAAAAUUUUAAAUUUAAGAUAA